GGCUGGGGCCUGGAUUGAGACCUCCCCGCCCGGGGUCUCGACGCUCUGAGGCAGUGGGGAGGCCCGGACGCGCCCGUCGCAGGCCCGGCCGGCGAGCGGCGGCCGGCGGGGCGGCCCGGUGGGCGCAGUCCCGGGCGGGAGGCGGCGGCCGGCUGCGCGCCGAGGCCUGCGCGCCCGUCCUCCGGCGCGGUCACCGCGAUCGCCCGCGGCCGCACCAUGGCCCUGAAGGCCGAGGGCGCCGCGCUCGACUGCUUCGAGGUGACGCUCAAAUGUGAGGAAGGGGAGGACGAGGAGGAGGCCGUGGUGGUGGCCGUCAUUCCGCGGCGGGAGCCGAUGCUCAGAGUGACCCAACAAGAGAAGACCCCACCACCAAGACCCAGCCUGCUGGAGGCAGGCGGUGAUGGCUGUGAGGAGCUGAAGCAGCAGGUGUCUUGGGAGCAGGAGUUCCUGGUGGGCAGCAGCCCGGGAGGCAGCGGGCGGGCGCUGUGCAUGGUGUGCGGCGCCGAGAUCCCGUCCCCGUCAGCCGACACGGCUCGCUCACACAUCUUGGAGCAGCAUCCUCACACCCUGGACCUGAGCCCUUCGGAGAAGAGCAACAUCCUGGAGGCCUGGAGCGAGGGGGUGGCCCUUCUGCAGGAUGUCAGAGCUGAGCAUCCGUCCUCACCCAACUCAGAAGCAGGCCGGGAUGUCGAGCCAGACCCAGACUCCAACCCAGACUCUUCCAGGACGCCAGCGGAGAUCGUCGUUCUCCUUGACUCUGAGGACAACCUGUCCCUCCCUAAAAGGACCCGUCCCCGGGGACUUCGCCCCCUCGAGCUUCCUGCUGCCUCUGCUGCAGAGCCAGGAAGUAAGAAGUUCCGUGGUCAGAGGUGGAAGGAACCCCCUGAAGAGGAGCCAGUCAGGAAGAAAAGAGGCAGACCUAUGACCAAAAACCUGGACCCUGACCCAGACCCCCCGUCGCCCGACUCACCCUCAGAGACUUUCGCAGCACCAGCUGAGGUCCGACACUUCACUGACGGCAGCUUCCCUCCUGGCUUCGUCCUGCAGCUCUUCUCCCACACCCAGCUCAGGGCUCCAGACAGCAAGGACUCCCCUAAAGAAGGGGAGGUGGCAGAAGGAGCCCUGCCCCAGCCGGAAAGCCCCUCUCCAGGGGACACGGAUGUGUUCAUGACUGCCCUGGCCAUGAAAGUUCGUGCCUCGAGGCCCAGUUUGGCCCAUUCUCCCCCUCCAGGGCUCCGAGGGACACUGGAUCUCCAGGUUAUCCGUGUGCGGAUGGAGGAGCCCCCAGCGGUCAGCCUCCUGCAAGACUGGUCCAAACACCCCCAGGGCACCAAGAGUGUGGGAGCAGGUGACACCCCAGACUGGCCCGCAGUUCUGUCGGAAUCCAACGCCACUGUAGGGGGGGAGCCGAAGGCAGGGAGCGGGGUGUAAAUUCUUGCUUUCCUGGGGGGAAGAGAGGAUGUGGGGGAAUAGGCAGCAUGGCCCUUUGGUUUAUAACUAACUCACAGCUGCCCAGCCUGGCUACCUGGCGGAGAGGGUAAGACCAGGUGCCAGGGCAGGGUGGGGGUGGGGCAGCAUCCACUAGUACCUCGGGGCACCCUCUACCCUGGCCAGGCCUGAGGGCAGCUGCGGCUGCCCACAGUGGGGCAUUGGGCCUGUGGAGAACACCUACCCGUCCUUUCCUGACCCAGACCUCUCUUCCCACACAGCCUCCUCCCACCCUCGCGGCCCCCACCAUUCUCCCCUGGCACAGUGCCUUACAUGAGAGGUGGUCAUCAUGGGGUUUGAACUGAGUCCCACUACCUCGGGGGACACCUCCCCUCCCUCACUUGUUGUUCAGGCCCCUGAACGAGGAGGCCUCCAUUACCUCUUCCCGCCCCCAUCCCUGCAGAGGGCUCUCCAGGCCCGUUCAGUCCUGCGCUCCUGUUCACCUGUUCUCCUGUUGUAUAUAUCACCUUUGUUGACAAUAAAUUAUUUUUUUUUAUUAAGAGA